UUUUUCUUUAGAAACAAAAAUGGAUCGUCUCAGUUGGUACCAGAGUGGAGAAGCCAUGGAAGAAAUUCUUUGUCAAGCCGGGUCUGUUGGAAUUUAUGAUGGGGAUGUUAAACAGUCGUCGUUCGAGCAGGGGACUGUUUCACUGACCUAUCAACGUGUAAUCUGGGCUGAUUCAAAUGACCCCGAUUGUCGUUUAAUGCUCCACCAUUCACUUGUUCAAAGGAUAGAAAAGCAACACAAAUCAAUGUUUGGAAGGGGGGCUAAAAUUGUCGUUUCUGUCCGUCCUGUGCCGACUGACCAUCCACAAGGGCCAAUUUCGGCGAGGAAUACGAAUUCGUUGCGAUUUAUUUUUCGAAAUGGAGGAGAGGAGGAUUUCUUUAAACGUUACACGGAUGCUCUGGGCAAACAAAUGUGGCAACGUGCUUCAUCUAGUUCCAGUUCAGCCAGUUCACUGCGCACAAGCGGCACUCAACACCUCAGUGUUUCCUCCUCGGGAACUACCCAUUCAAAUUUAAUAACCUCUCACCAAGCAAAUACUAUGGGCAUUCGAAAUGUGGGCAUUUUGGGGAUCGAAAAACGAUUGGCAGAACAACACCAAAGAACGCAUGAGCAUAUUAGUGAGGCUUUCGAAGACAUGAGUAAACUUAUGGAUCAAGCUAGGGAGAUGACUGUCCGCCUUAAAAGUUAUUUGCUUUCCCUCGGUGUUGCUGAUCCUGUUACAAAAUCAGUUUUUGGUGCUGGGGCGGUUUUCUUUGAAAGGCUGGCACAAGAAUUGACAAAUGUUUUGUAUGAACCUUUACAAGAAUGUGGAGGUACAAUGACUUUGGCAGAUGCUUAUUGCCGUUGGAAUAGAGCAAGAGGAUUGGAACUUGUCUCACCUGAAGAUUUAUUGAAUGCUUGCAAUAAAUUGGAAAAGAUUAAUUCUCCUAUAUGUCUUUAUACAUUUGAUAAUGGAGUUCAAGUACUUCAAUUAUGUUCAUUAAAUAUGGAGAAAAUGGCUGAUGAAAUUUUAGAAAUGGUUAAUGCAAUGACGGAUAAUGGAAAUUCCCCCAAUGGAUUUAGUGCAGCCCAGUUGGCUAAACAUUCUGGAAUUUCACUUAUUUUGGCAGCAGAAAGGUUACGCAUGGCAGAAGACCAAGGCAAAUUAUGUAGAGAUGACACAAUCCAAGGAUUAUUCUUUUACCCAAAUAAUUUUAAUUUGUUAGAAAGUGAAGAAAAAGAAGAAAUUGAUAAAUUAGAGUUUAGUAAAGGUAUUGAUAAUUAA